AUCAAAAUAACCCUUCCCGUUUUAUUUUUUUUUAUAUAAAUACAUACACACCCAACACGUUCAUUUCAUUACACAAGAGAACUGAGAGGUGCCUAACUCUCUUUUUUCUCUCCAUCUUCCUCUUUCUUUCUUCUAAAACCCAAAUUUUCACACAUUAAAAUUAAAGAAUCCCUUCCUAAAUCUCACCCAGACUUAAUUUUCGCUCACUUUCCAUCUACCAUGUCGGUCAAGGAAUGUGACCACCAUAAAAAAGGCUGCCGGAAAGUCUUCCGAAGAAUUAUCGCUUCCAUUCUAGUGUUUCUACUGAUUGUUCUCAUAACAAUCCUUCUCAUUUGGGCAAUCCUUCGUCCCAGCAAGCCCAGGUUCAUUCUCCAGGACACCACCGUCUACGCCUUCAACUCCUCGACCCCCAAUUUCCUCACUUCUAGUUUCCAAGUCACCAUAUCAUCUCGAAACCCAAAUGACAGAAUAGGAAUUUACUACGACAGGCUCGACGUCUACGCCACGUACAGGAACCAACAGAUCACACUCCGAACAGCACUCCCUCCAACUUACCAGGGCCACAAGGAUAUCAAUGUUUGGUCGCCUUUCGUUUACGGGAACAUGGUCCCUAUCGCACCUGAUUUUUCCGCCGCUUUGGGUUCCGAACAGGCUGCUGGGUCGGUUUUCCUGACAAUCAAGAUUGAUGGAAGGGUGAGAUGGAAAGUUGGAACUUUCAUUUCAGGCAGAUAUCAUCUUUACGUUAGAUGUCCUGCUUAUAUUACUUUCGGCAGCCAAAGCAAUGGAGUUAUUGUCGGACAAAACGCUGUUAAGUUUCAGUUCGUGACCAGAUGCAGCGUCAGUGUGUGAAGAAUAAGAAGAAGAAACUAACGCCGUUAAGUUAUAUCGUUUGUUUAUCCCCAUCUUAAUUUCUCUCCUUCGUCUUCUUAUUUAACGCCGUUAGCAUUUUUAUUUCCUUUUUAUUGGGAGGAAAUUGUGCAUUUUGCUAUAGAAUAAAUGGAUAAAAAAAAUUGUAAGAAGAGGCAGAUGGCAAAAUUUACAAUUAAAUAUGUGAACAAGUUUUAGAGAUUUUUAAUUUCUAAAUAAAAUGUGUGAUUAAUAAGUUAUUUUUCAAUAGAUUGUAAUUGAGAAAUUAAUGGAGGUUAAGCUGUCUUUUUUUUUCUUUUUUCAUUU